AUGAUAUUUAACAUGACAAUGAUAGUAAUCGUUUUAAGUCUACUAUUAAUAACGCCGAAAUCACAGGCUAAAACGAUGGAAGAUCUCUACAGGGCCAAAACCCUUGGAAAUGAAAUUAAAAAGUCUCUAAAUGAUGCCAGCAAAAUAAUCGACAAUGAAAAUUAUGCAAAAAAAGAAUUAAUUAAACAAAGGGACCUAAUAAUCGCAAAAUUGUCUGCCAAAACAAAAGAAUUUAGAAGAUUACACGAUAUAGUACACCCAGAGCUCAAACAUUAUCCUAUCAUCAUCGUCAAAAAAGGCAAAGUUGACGCUGAAAGAUCAGUAAUAUCCGCAGCACUGGGAAAAGGAGCGGAAGAUUUACUAUAUAAACUCCACUCGCCAUGCGAAAGACUACUAAAAACAAGAGAAUCACAAAAGGCUGAGCUCAGAAGAAUGAAGGAUAAAUUCGCCACAGAACAGGAAACAAUGGACAUGAUGCCCCUGGACCAACGGAUAAACUACGAUGAACAUAUGAUAAGGCAUUGGACUGAUGUUGUUAGAGAACUGGAAGCAGAUAUAUCAGCAAUAUAUGAUAGCACAUAA